ACUCUCUCGAACCCGUUCCUGAUGCGGAACCAAGGCGAAACAAAUACCUUGGCUUCAAACAAGCAGCUCUGCGAUUUAGAUGAAUACUCUUUGGCGCAUGUGUUUCUGUUUCUGAAUGUGGGAGACUUGGAUCGUUGCGUUUUGGUUUGCAAAAAAUUCCAGCACAUAAUUCAGAGAGUGGUCUUCCCCAAAAAAUGCAAGCACGCCUUGGUGACCGGUUCGGAUCAUGGAGCAGCCUUAAGUCCCUACCACUAUACCCGACGAAAACGAGUCAAGUUGGACGAAAAUUGGCGCUAUGGAAGGUACGAGGAGCGGUCUUACUUUCAUCAUAACGUGAUGUACAUAUCGCAACUAGCAAUCGAUAAGGACUGUCUUUACAUGACACACGGCGGUCGUCUGCAAGCCCACCGAAGGACGAAAAGCGUACACAUGAUCGAUACCAGAAUCGCUUGGAUGGUUGGCUCGGUAGGAGAUUCAGAUAUCACGAGUCUGGCCAAAAAGAACAAUCGAUUCUUCGCCGGUCGUAUGGAUGGGAAAAUUUUACUCUACGAACAUGGCUCAGGCCAACAGCAUUUGCAAACGAUAACAAACGAUAUUAUCAAGGCGGUCGAUUUUAACAAAGAUGUCUAUGCAGUGACAACGAAAAACGAAUCAACGUACGUGUUCAACUAUUCUCCGCCGGAUCGCGAACUGCUGUAUGAUGGUGAUGUGUUUGAACAUUCCCACGUUUACCCUAACGCAUAUGAAACAAUAAAGUUGAACAACAAUCUACUGGCGGUAGGCAAAUUUCAUUGCAGCAAGAAGCGCGCACUUCAAUUGAUAGAUUUGUACAGCUGCACCAUUCAGCAGUUGAAUUCACCUUCCACGGCUGUGUACGAUGUGCUCUGGAAGGACGAGCACUGUAUUCUUUGCGGCAAUUUUGAUACCACCAUGCGCCUAGUCGAUGUGCGCACUGGGAACGAUGAGGCAUGUUGGACAGAUCCUUACAAUGCAUCAGUAUACUGUCUCUCCUACAAUGGGACGUAUGCCGUACACUGUGGAAUGAAGUACCACUACCGGACCAACCUGUACGAUUUGCGUGCGCCAAACCGCUGUGUUCAGAUGUACUUCCCUUUGAAGAAGAAUAGCAACUUUUCUCCCGUCUAUCGGAUUGCCGCUGACUGCAGCCAAAUGUUUGUUGUAACCGACCAUAACUUGCGGAUACUUAAUUUCGACGCCGAUUGGGCUGCCACAAAGGACUAUGCUUCGAUAUAGCUGCAACAGUUGCUUGCGUUGGUCAAUGAAUAAAUUUAUUUCUAUAGAACCGCAAUCCUUCGACCGACUCGUCGCGGCAAAGCUGACCAAAACCUUCUGCGGUUAGCAGUCGCUCGCGUGCUAAUAACAGCGAAAUACAUUCAAGACGCGCCAGCUCGUCCGGGCUCAUGGACACAUUCUGCUCCACCAGUUCCAGCGUGCGCUGCGAUAUCAGCGCAUCGUCGUGCGAUUCAAGCUGCAAUACAAUGGCACCGCUGGGAAAUUCGCGAAGCUUGAUAGGGCCCGUGAGCAGCCGACACGCUUCUAGCAAGUCUUCGGGUGAUAGCAGUUCCAGUCCACGGGCCCUAUUAACACGACAGUAAACGUCAGCUAGCGACAUCAUUCCUCCAGCCUCGGUGAUGGGAUCGAGCAACAUCUCGCAAAGCUGUCUCGAAAGUUUUAGGAAAUAUUCCGAAUUGCUGCGUGUGCCAUCUCGCGUGACUGGAUCGUCAAUGCCGAGGCUCAAUAAAUACGAUUUAAAACGAA